AUGGUUGUGAUCAAUCUCCUUUGGGACCUCCCUUUCUCUGCCAUCUUUUUCAUCAAGGAUGGUGAAGACUUUCUUCCCAGCCAGGAUCCUCUGGAAGCCAUUGACUGUGGGGACAGAGAAGUGUUGUCCCUUGAAAGUCUUACCAAGGUCCUUGGGAUCAAGACACACCAUGAGUAUGGAGUUCCUCAGGAAGCGCCUCAGCCCCGCCGCCGCUCGCCGCGGAGCCCGCGCUUUGCGCCCGAAGGAAGGCGCGCGCUGAGACCCGCGUCGUCUCCAGCGGCGGCGAGGGGACUUUCUCUGCCUUUCUCCCAGAGAUGCAACCAUCGCCCGGGGUCGGCUGAGGCUUCUCUCGCCAGCCCCGCUUCUGGUCGCCGCUACCGCCGCCGUUCCUCGCCGCAGCAGCCGCCCCUCGGAGCCCGGAGGACCAUGCUGAAGGAGGCGGGCAAGGAAAAGACGCCUCCGGGGCUCUGGCUGCCGUGGCUGCUGCUCCUCUUUCCCUCCUCCGCCGUGCACGGGGAGAACACAGAACUGCCGACCUUCUCUGCCACUGCGGGGCUCCACUCUGUGCUGGAGGACACGGUGUCGCCCGCAUUCAGUGCCACCGUUAUCAUCAUUGUCACAGUCAUCAUCUCCGGAAGUGCUUACCUGUGUUUCUUGAAAUACAUCUGCGCCGGGUGCUGCAAAUCCACACAGGUGGUGCCUGUUAGGAGACUGGACCCCAGCAGAUCGGAAGAGCAAGUGUAAGGCUUGGUUCUCAGUCGGUUGUUGAUGGCUCAGCCAAGAAGAACUCAUGUCCACCUGGUGAAUGAGAACGAAAAGACCAGCCUGUUCCUGAUGGUGCAAAUAAAUGUUGGAAGAUGUCUAAAAGGGGAAGAUAAGCCGCCCAGGGAAUUUGGUCAACCAGAAAACGCUUGUGAAACUUUGUUGCUUAAAAUCUGGUUAUCUACAUAUGGUUUAUCUCCACUGGAUAACUGAUUGACGUGGACGGACCAAAGUCCAGAAAGUCACAGCCUGCAGGGCUACUCUGAGUCAAAUGCCUGGUUUCACUCCCUGGAAGCCGAAUUCCAUUCUUAUGGGUAGGAGAUGGAAUAUUUGGGCAUUGCUUCUUCCUGUCCCACAUACAAGAUUUGAAAUACCCCUCCACUGCCUGUCACUAGGGGGGUCUCCCUUUGCAACACCUGCUGUGAGCAGAAUGGGUCCGACGUGGUUAUGGGGUGGAUCAGGUCUCUGGGGCUGAGCCCUUGAUUUCCUGCACCUCUCCCUCCCUUCUUAGAAUGACUUUGUUCCUGUUUUUACUUUGCCUACAAAUUGAAGUGCUGGUGAAGAUCCCAGGAACCCGCCACCUUAAUUUGUCCAGAGGCAGCUAUAUAAAUUAGUGCAUUUGCAAAUUGUGUCAGGGGCCUGUGCCCCAAAGUCUUCUAAGUACCUAGCAACCUCACUGGGCCAUUCCUAGGUCUUUAAUGCUAAAGUCAUCAUGGUCCAAUUCGCCUGAUGGAAAAGUUGGUCCAUCAAGGACUUGCUCUUUUGAACUUUGGAUGCUUCUAAGACAGGCAGCCCACUCCUGUGUUGAAAAGAGUCAGUUUGCCUCUAAAGAGGUUGCUCUGUAUCUUCUCCUACUGUAUUUUCUCCUACUCUUAUCUGCAUCCGUCAGUGCCACUUAUUUAAGCGUAAAAGGUAAAGAGACCCCUGACCAUUAGGUCCAGUCGUCGCCAACUCUGGGGUUGCGGCGCUCAUCUCGCUUUAUUGGCAGAGAGAACCGGUGGACAGCUUCCGGGUUAUGUGGCCAGCAUGACUAAGCCGCUUGUGGCAAACCAGAGCAGUGCACGGAAACGUCGUUUACCUUCCCACCAGAGUGGUACCUAUUUAUCUACUUGCACUUUGACGUCCUUUUGAACUGCUAGGUUGGCAGGAGCAGGGACCGAGCAACGGGAGCUCACCCCAUUGCGGGGAUUCGAACUGCUGACCUUCUGAUCAGCAAGCCCUAGGCUCUGUGGUUUAACCCACAGCACCACCUGCAUCCCAUCUAUUUAAGCAUACCUGUGUGCAAUUGGCCUUUGCUAUUUCUCUGUUAUCAGAGCCGUCCCUCCCUUCAAACAGGAAAUCAGUACUGCUACACAUGCUGUAAAAACCUUGCUGGCUUACAAUGCAAUCCUAUACAGUGGUACCUCGGGUUACAAACGCUUCAGGUUACAAACUCCGCUAUCCCGGAAGUAGUACCUCGGGUUACAAACUUUUCCCCAGGAUGAGAACGAAAAUUGUGGUGCGGCGGCAGCGGGACGCCCCAUUAACGAAAGCCCGCCUCAGGUUAAGAAUGGUUUUGGGUUAAGAAUGGACCUCCAGAAUGAAGUUUGUAACCCAAGGUACCACUGUAUUAUGUCUAACUCGGAAGUAAAUCCCACUAAAUUCAAUUGUGCUUAUUCCUGUGGCGCAGUGGGUCAGUGUGUCAGGCAGAAGGUUGGUGGUUCAAGAAGCCCACCCAGGGAUGACCGUGGGCAGGAUUCCUGCAUUGAAGGGGUUGGACUAGAUGAUCCUUGGAGUACCUUAAAACUCUACAACUCUAUGAUUUUCCAGGAUUUCUGAGGCUGCAACCCAUUAUUGGGUUCAAUUGGACUUUGUGGAGGCGUGCGUAAGGUCACUGUCUCUCUGUAUAACCUACUUCGGAGGGUUGUUGUGCAGAUAAAAUGGGGAGGGAAGAAUCCUGCACUUGAACCCCUUGGUGGAAAAGGUGGUACUGUAUAUAAAUGUAAUAAAUAAAUAAAUGUAA